AAACCGGGAAAUCACAAAUAAAUCUAGUUCUCUUGGACAAUAUAAACGACUUGAUAACUUUAGCUUAAAGAGUAUGGAUUAGGAUUUUCUAUAAUUAUUUGUCCGCAUUUGAGAGAAUUCAGGCAAGUAAUUAUAAGAGACCACUUAUGGGACUCAUAUGACCAAAUUAAAAUUUGGCUGCUAAACCAUUUAUUCGGUCAGGUAAAUCUCAUAAGUAGUCUCUUACAACCACUUACUCGAAUUCUCUCAAAUUCAAACAAAUAAUUGUAGAGAAUUAUGAUCCAAGAGUAUAAGGAAAAAACACACAUAUCUACCAAACUAUAAUAAAUUUACAAUAUUUUUCAAAUGACAAAAAAAUCCUUAGCAAAAAACAUAUAUAUAUAUAUAUAUAAAAGGUUUGUUGGAGGAUUGAGGUGCGAGUAGUUUUGGCAAAGUAUAUAUAAAACAAGCAAACUGCGGUUCUAGUUAUAGGCAAAAGAGUAUAACACGAAUUGAAGUAGGCGGUAAUGCCUUUUAUCCAAGCCUAGUACGAUUUUCAGAUCUUGUAAUCCAAGCCGCAACUAGCCGUUAACUCCAAAUUCAGCCUGUUCAAAAGCCUCAACAUCUCGAUUCUCAUUUCUCUCUACAUGAUUCUUGUUAUUUCUCAUUCUACAACCUCUUAUCUUCUUGUUGUUUGGAUAAUCAUCAAAUGCCACUUCACUCCAUAACAAAGCUAAAUAAAACCUUUCCAUCCUCAUCUUCCCUCUGCUCUCUUCUCCAGCUCUCAUAUCACUCCUUUCCCUCGCCAACCCCUCCUCGACAACAAACCCUCUAUCCUUCUUCUAAGCCCCGCGAUCAAUCACCCUCCUCCUCUUACUAUUAUUAUGCCUCUCUCCUCCAAUCCUGUGUUGCCCGGAAAGCGAUCAACCCCGGGAAACAACUUCAUGCCCACCUUUUCCACCUGGGUCUCGGGUUUGAUACGUUUACAGCUACUAAACUUGUUCAUCUUUAUUGUGUCUGUGACUCUUUAACUGAUGCACACCUCUUGUUCGAUAGAAUUCCUAAAGAUAAUUUGUUUCUGUGGAAUGUUUUGAUUCGAGGGUAUGCGUGGAAUGGUCCGUAUGAAUCUGCAAUUUCGCUUUAUAACCAAAUGCUUGAUUAUGGCCUCACACCUGAUAAUUUUACCUUCCCGUUUGUGCUCAAGGCAUGCUCGGCACUUUCUGCCAUUGAAGAGGGGAGGAACAUUCAUGAACACGUGAUACGGACUGGGUGGGAGACGGAUGUGUUUGUGGGUGCGGGUUUAGUUGACAUGUAUGCAAAGUGUGGUUGCGUGGAGAGUGCUCGACAAGUUUUUGACAAAAUUGGAGUAAGAGAUGCUGUGUUAUGGAAUUCUAUGCUUGCUGCUUAUUCUCAAAAUGGGCACCCGGAUGAGUCGCUCGCACUAUGUUGUGAAAUGGCAUCUGCAGGUGUGAGACCCACAGAGGCGACUCUUGUGACUGUAAUAUCUGCUUCAGCUGACAUUGCAGCUCUUCUUCAAGGAACAGAGCUUCACGGGCUUAGUUGGAGACUUGGGUUUGUGUCCAAUGACAAGGUAAACACUGCACUGGUAGAUAUGUAUGCCAAGUGUGGUUCUGUGAGGAUCGCUAGGAGUUUGUUUGAACGGCUUAAGGAGAAAAGAGUUGUCUCUUGGAAUGCCAUGAUUACUGGGUAUGCGAUUCGUGGUCACGCUGCUGAAGCACUGGUUUUAUUUGAGGAGAUGAAGGAAAAAGCUCUGCCUGAUCACAUAACUUUUGUGGGUGUCCUCGCAGCAUGCCGCCACGGGGGUUUACUUGAAGAAGGGUGGAUGUUUUUUGAAUCGAUGGUGAGAGACUACCGCAUAGAUCCAACGGUUCAGCAUUAUACAUGCAUGGUUGAUCUCCUUGGCCACUGUGGUAGAUUAGAUGAGGCUUACAAUCUUAUAACGCAAAUGAGAGUAAUGCCAGAUGCUUGUGUAUGGGGUGCUCUGCUUAAUUCAUGCAAAAUCCAUGGAAAUGUGGAGUUAGGUGAAGCAGCAGUAGAGAGACUGAUUGAGCUGGAACCUGAUAAUUCUGGCAAUUAUGUGAUCCUAUCAAACAUCUAUGCUCAAGCAGGGAAGUGGGAAGGAGUUGCAAGACUGAGAAAAUUAAUGAUAGAUAGAGGAAUAAAGAAAAGCAUUGCUUGUAGCUGGAUUGAAGUGAAAAAUAAAGUCCAUGCAUUUCUCUCUGGAGAUAAUUCCCAUUCUAAUUCUGAUGCGAUAUAUGCAGAAUUGAGGAGGCUGGAAGGACGAAUGAAAGAAGCUGGCUAUGUGCCGGGGACCGGAUCGGUUUUCCAUGACGUGGAGUAUGACGAGAAGACUAAUAUGGUUUGCAGUCAUAGUGAAAGGUUAGCAAUUGCAUUUGGACUCAUUAGUACUCUCCCUGGAACCAGGCUUUUGAUAACCAAGAACCUCCGGGUAUGUGAGGACUGUCAUGUUGCAAUCAAGUUCAUCUCAAAGAUCACAGAGAGGGAAAUCACCGUCAGAGAUGUCAAUCGCUACCAUCAUUUUAAAGAUGGGAUAUGUUCUUGUGGUGAUUAUUGGUAAAAAUAAUGAGUAGAAAUAUGUAUCAACAGAAGCUAUUUGUUUUGGAGGUAGUUAGGAGAUAGAGAAGAAGAAUUGUAGAGAAUCUGAGUGGGGGAUAAGCAGCUAUGCAUGCUUAUCAGAGGAAGCACAUCUUGUUAUUUGAAUUGGUUGAAUACUUCAGGGAACUUGCAAAAGUCAAAGAUUUUGUAGAUGAUGGCAGACUACUGAAUAAGAUGAAGUAAAUUGGGUUUCAUAGAAGGAAGGCACUAUCUACUACCAGAGCUUCCCUACGCAUUGAUCUCAAAGAUGGGGUACAGGACCAUAAACCUUAAAGUGGAGGUGGAUUGUCUAAUUAUUAUUGAGGCAGAGAAGUGUCAAAUUGUCUCAGCGGUAAAACCACGCCAUUAUUUUCUCUGUUAGUAGACUCCAUUGUAUAAGCUGUCAUCCAGAGUUCUUUAUGUUAUCCAAUGAAACAAUUUUUUUGAUUC